UUACUGAAAUCUAGUGUCGCGUGAGUGUUGGAGAUCGGGGAAAACUGUGACGUCAGGAGACGUUUCUUUCGCAUUUACUGCCAGCCUGGUCCGGUUGUGGCUACGUGUAAAUCCAGCUGAAAAUGGCAGAUAGAAAAAAUAACAGUGGUCCCGACAGCAGCGCGAAUUUACUCUUUAGUGCCGCUCCAGACUUUAGCUUUAACCUGCCUUUCAUGCCGGUGAGUCAGGCGUCGGGCCCGGCGGUGCUGUCAGGAGAAGACUCUACUGACGUUGGAGAAGAAGACAGUUUCCUGGGUCAGACCUCGGCCAACGGUCCGCCGGCGGCCUCCUCCACCUUCAGCUACUUCUCCAACCCCGUAACGACCUCUGACCCCUUUGCCAGUAUUGGUCAGUCACCAUGCCCGCCAGCAGGACGCUCCUCGACCUUAACCGCUGCUGGACCCGUUUCUUUUCCCAGCAGCAUCGCCAUGUCUCCGCCAUCCACAGCUUCACAAAUGAACCCCCCUCCCUCAACGUUUGGCAGUGCUGUUUACCAGAGUCCGCUGGGACGACAGACUCCUCCCCCUACAACGAUGACCCCGCCUCCUGCUCAGAUGCAGCCGCAGCAUCACAACCCGUACCGCCACACGGCGUCCAGCAGCAGAGCCAGUCCUUACAUUCCAGCUCCAGAGAUCCUGCCCCCACCUCACACACCCCAGCAGGCUCCGACCUCUUUCAGCCCCCCACCUCAGAUGUUCUCCCCGCCAGGGUCCACGUUCCCCACGCCUCCUCCAGCAAACAUCGCAGGACCUCCUCCUCCUCCUCCUGCCACCACGGCUGGAGCCGUAGUUCCUGCAGGCCCCAUGAUGCCGUACAACUACAACGUGUACGAGCAGGUUCAGCCGCACUGGUUCUACUGCAAGAAGGUGGAGCUGAAGAGUGUGUGGCUUCCUUUCAGCAUCUUUGAUUCCCUUCAGCUGGAGGAGACGUACAACUCGGUUCAGCCGGACCCGGAGAGCGUGAUCGUACGAACAGACGGUGGGCGCUACGACGUUCAGCUCUACGACCGCCUGCGCACCGCCGUGUACUGGGAGGAGGAGCCUACAGAGGUCCGGCGCUGCACCUGGUUUUACAAAGGCGACACGGACAGCCGCUUCAUUCCGUACUCUGAAGACUUCAGCGACAAGCUGGAGGCCGAAUAUAAGAGGGCGGUGUCUACAAACCAGUGGCACCGCAGACUGGAGUUCCCCUCAGGAGAAACCAUCGUCAUGCACAACCCAAAGGUCAUAGUCCAGUUCCAGCCCUCCUCCAUGCCUGAUCAGUGGGGAACAACGCAGGACGGGGAGACCAGGCCCCGAGUGGUGAAGAGAGGAAUUGAUGAUGACCACGACGAAGUCCCCGAUGGGGAGCUCCAUAAGAUCGAUCAUCUGGUGUUCAUGGUUCACGGCAUCGGGCCGGUGUGUGACCUGAGGUUCAGGAGCAUGAUCGAGUGUGUGGACGACUUCCGCAGCGUGUCGCUGAAGCUGCUGCACAGCCACUUUAAGAAAUCUCUGGACGAGCACGCCGUGAGCCGGGUGGAGUUCCUGCCCGUGCAGUGGCACACGGCUCUGCACGGGGACGCCACCGGCGUGGACAGGAGGAUCAAGAGGAUCACGCUGCCGAGCACCGGGCGGUUACGCCACUUUACCAACGAGACGCUGUUAGACGUGCUUUUCUACAACAGCCCCACCUACUGCCAGACCAUCCUGGACACGGUGGCUCUGGAGAUGAACCGACUCUACGCCCUGUUUCUGAAGAGGAACCCGGACUACAGGGGUGGGGUGUCGGUGGCCGGACACAGCCUGGGUUCCUUGAUCCUCUUUGACCUGCUCUCCAAUCAGAAGACCGUCUCUCCUGCUCUCGUCCUUCCAGUCAUGCCCACUCCUAACGGGGACGCCAAACAGGUCUGCUGGCCCCUCCAGGUGACCGCUCCUCCUGACGCUCCUGCAGCUGAGGAGGAGGAGGAGGAGUUUGAAGAUCUCACAGGUGUGCUGCAACACCUGGGCCUGUCUGAGUACAAGAGCACCUUUGAUGAGGAGAAGAUCGACAUUGAAUCGUUUCUUAUGUGCACCAUUGAAGACCUGAAGGAGAUGGGAAUCCCUCUGGGUCCCAGGAAGAAGAUCAGCAAGUUUGUCAAAGAGAGACUGAACCGACAGGCUUCUCAGAAGAAGACGGACGGCGUUAAGGGCAGUCAGGCUGCGGCAGCACAAGCUGACGCCGUGGCGGAUCCGGCUGUGACGAGACCUCCGGCGGGAAACGCCACCUCGUCUGUUCACGUCAACUACGAUUACUUUGAAGUGGGGACGGGACAGGUGUCGGUGGUCUACCACACACUGGACUUUGAGCCGGGGAACUUCUUUGCGUUGGGAUCUCCCAUCGGCAUGUUCCUGACGGUCCGAGGCCUCGAGAAGAUCGACGAGUCGUACCAACUUCCCACCUGCAGGGGCUUCUUCAACAUCUACCACCCGCUGGACCCAGUGGCGUAUCGGAUCGAGCCCAUGAUAGUACCAGACCUGGAGCUGAAGCCGGUUCUGAUCCCUCAUUAUAAAGGAAGGAAGAGGCUACAUUUGGAGCUGAAGGAGAGCCUCUCCAGGAUGGGCUCCGACCUGAAGGAGGGCUUCAUCAGCUCGCUGAGGAGCGCCUGGCAGACGCUCAACGACUUUGCUCGCGCUCACACCUCGUCCGCUCUCCAGGCUGAACUCGCCAUGGUGGCCAACCAGAUCGAGGAGGAGGAGAAACACGUGCAGGAGGUCGCAGCAGAGAAGAUCCCAGAAAGCCCCGAGCCCCCCAAGGAGGAGGAUCCUCAGGUGAAGAUCGGGAUGCUGAACGGAGGAAACCGCAUCGAUUACGUCCUGCAGGAGAAACCCAUCGAGAGCUUCAACGAGUAUCUGUUUGCCCUCCAGAGUCACCUCUGCUACUGGCAGUCUGAGGACACGGCUCUGCUGAUCCUCAGAGAGAUCUACGGGAACAUGGGGAUCCAUGCGGAACAUGCGCUGCACUGAUCCUCUGGACCCGCUCCGGUUCUUCCUCUGCUGUAGUUUGAUGCCGUUUGUCUUAAAUGAAGAACCCGGUCAGCCUGUAACUCCACCUUUGAUGAGACAUUUUUAUAGCAUAAAUGAUAGACGUUUAAUGAUGUGAACGACCAGGAGGCACCAAUUACACUUUUAUUUGACAAUAAAUCAUUACAUUGCUGAA